UUAGUAGAAGAGGACGUGAAGCGCCAGCUUUAAAAAGAAAUACCAUUAUUUUACAUUAUUCUUUGCGUUUUUACAUUGUAAGAAAAAGUAUUAUUUUUUGUUACGACAAACUUCAUUGUAAACAAUUUGAGCUUAAGUUGUGACAACUUUUAAAAAAGUUUUUGACAACUAACACCUAUAUACAAACGUUUGACAAAUAAUCUUUCAAAAUGGCGUUGAAGGUGCAAUGCGGUGUUUCCGUGGAAACGCAAAAUCAAGAAUCAUGAUUGAAAAAAAUCAAAAACCUUAAAAAAAAUGACAGUGAUUGUGUAUUUAUAAGUGUUUCUUUUUAAAAAUAAAUACCUAAGUAUUGUCUCUCUGUGUAUUUUUUUUGUGGUCAGUUUUGUUCGUAUUUUUAAGUAGUAAUGUUGCGGAAAAUUAAUUUUUACUCAAUAUGUUUUGCGUUCGGUCUCAGUGUUCUUUUAAUAUUUGCUGGAAGUCGAUAUACAGAUAACACCAAUUACCGUCCAUCUUCAGAAAGUCGAAGGAAUAUUAAGUAUUUUUUGAAAGUUGAAGAUAUAGAUGAAAAUUUAGUGCAGACAGUACCAACCAACCCUUAUGAUGGUUCACCUGACAUUGAUAAAAUUAUAGAUAAAACGAGGAUAAAAAUCAGACAUGAAUUAUUAGUUUAUAAUUUUACACAUUCUGGAGUCAAGAAGCUUGAAGAUUUAGUGAUGGAAUCAGGGGGGCAACCCUUAAGGAGUUUGAUAAUAUCAACUUGGAGAUCAGGAACAACCUUUCUGGGAGAGGUGCUUAAUGCUGUGCCGGGUAAUUUUUAUCACUAUGAACCAUUUUUGAAUUAUGGAAUUGUUCAAAUAAGAGGCACGCCAGAAUCUGACAAUGUUCUGAAGACUAUUAAAAAGAUGUUUCUGUGCCAAUAUAAUGACAUGAAUGAUUACUUUGAAUAUGGUAAAAGUCACUGGCACCAAUUCAGUCAUAACACAAGACUUUGGGACCACUGUAAAUUUAAGAAGGAACUGUGCACGGAUCCAGAUUUUACUUCCAGAUUUUGUAAAUUAUUCCCAUUUCAAAGUAUGAAAGUUGUUCGUGUUCGGUUACGUCUCAUUAAGCAACUAUUACAAGAUAAAGAGCUUAAUCUGAAAGUUAUACUAUUAAUCCGAGAUCCAAGAGGUGUGAUGCAGUCGAGACAACAUCGUAACUUCUGCCAGCCGGCACCAGAUUGCUGGAAGCCUGAAUUGUUGUGUGCUGAUAUGAUCAGUGACUAUGUGGCAGCCGGUCGGCUCAUUCAAGAGUUCCCCGAUAGAAUUAUGGCACUACGGUAUGAGGAACUUGCGCUGAACCCAAACACAACUUCAUACAGCAUACUGAAGUUCUUAGGGCUCGGUGUGACUUCCUCGGUGGAUGAAUUUUUACAUCUUCACACAAACAUUGAAGUGGCAGGAGUCAGUUCAACCUUCAGGGUCUCAAAAGCAGUGCCUUUCAGAUGGAAAAAUGUUCUAGAUUUUAAUUACGUGGAUGAGAUACAGAUGACGUGUAAAGGAGCAAUGGACCUGUGGGGAUACCAGCUCGCUCACAAUGCAACUCACAUGACAAGCAAAGAAUUCAACCCAAUACAGGAAUACUCUCUAAAGCAAUGAAUAUAUAUAUAUAUUAAUUUACCUCACUACUUUGAUAUACUUGAGACGAGUCAUAUUUAUUUUAAGGUUUUGCUGCGUUAUUUAUAUGGAAUACAUGAAAAAUCAUUCAACGUUAUAUAUGAAUAAGGACAACUCUUACAAACAUUAGAUCUGAAAUAAUUUUUUUGUAUAUUUUGUUAAGUUUUAACUACUUCAUGUUAUAAAGGAAUCUCAUUUAUCUUCCAUUAAGGAUUAUUUUUUUUAUAACUUGUAUCAGCAGCAAUGUGUAUAAUAGUUGAGAUUCUUAAUUUAUAAUAACUUCAGUUUUAUAAACAUAAAUAAAUACAUGGAAAAUGCAAUAAAUAUAUUCUAUGGACAUGGGGCAGCUAGGUUUGUUUGGGUUUUAUAUCACAAUGUAAAAGAUGGACCAGUAGUAUAGCGGUUAAAAUUGCUUGGAACUAGCUGUUGGAAAAUUUAAUGUUUACUUAUUAAUUUGUAUGUGAGUUUCUUACAACUUUCAUCUUUAAAUGUUAAUAUAAGCGUGUAUUUGUUAAAAUCGCACCAACGGAAUUGAAUAAUUCUCGAUGCUUCCAUACUAGUCACUAUAUAAAAUGUGGUGAGGAGCUCCUAAAAUGCUAUAUUGUAACUUUAAUGUGAUAUGACAAAAACAAUGACAUUAUAGAAGAAUUGAGUUAUGUACGUCAUUUAAAUUUGAACAUUUAAGUACAUAAUAUAAAUAAACGUUAAAUUUUUGUAUAACGUAAAUUAUAUUGAGGAAAACAACCGGAGUUUAUAAAUACAGUAUUUAGCACACGUGAAUUGAGGCUUUAAUGCGAUAUCGUGUCGCUCAUAUCAAAAAUUAUGCUAAAACACCAAAAAUUACAUGUCCAAGCUUUAUACAAAUAUUUAUUAGAUAUUUGAAUGUAUACUCGACGAAAUUUGAUUUGCGACAAUAUAUAGAUUAUUAAAGAAAUGGUUAACUAAUAUAUACUAACAAAUUUGUUAGAACUAGUUUCGAGUCUCGUAACAUAUGAAUCUUUUACAGAAAAGUGUCUUGCGCAUUGUACAGCGUUCCUAAUAUUUGCAUGUCGAAGUCUUUAUGGAUACUAUAUUAGGAAGGGGCUUAUAGGUAAUCUCCGUCCAUAUGGUAAAGUUACUAAGAGACAAAAUAUAACGAUUAUCGUAAUAUAGCAAUACCAUAUAUAGCAAUAAAAACUUUCUCCUCAUCUAUCAAACUAUUGAAGAUGUACUUAUAUAUAAAUUGGUUUGAUAUAUUCUUCAUAUAAUUGAAUUAUGUUCUCACACCUCAGCCCUAUGCAAAAAUAUUACCUACACCGACUUAGUAUUUUAUGUCAAAAAUCGACAAUUGCAACCCUGGUAAUGACUAAAAAACUUUCGCGCCAAAAUAUCUUGACGUUGACAUAAAUUUUAUUGGUGCAUUUAUUUAUGCUCAGUGUUGUACCAUAUCUUGACGCCUGUAAGCGUAUACGUAAUUUGCAAUAAUAGAAAAAUCGACUUUUAUACGAAUUCAUUAGAGAUAAGAAGGCUAAUAAUUCGAACAAUUGGAACUAUGAAGUAGUGAGAUUAUAAGUGCACUUGAUAAUAAGGCGGUAAUUAUAUCGAUUUGAUAUAUUUAGUUGAUAGACGGAAGAUUUUAGGAGCGUGUGUAGAUAUUUUAUGAUAUUGCAAUUUAGAUUGUACUCGUAUACUGAAUAAAUAUUACAUGUAUUGAAUUAAACAAAAUGGCGAUAAUAUUGUGUAAAAUAAUACGUUUGUGAGUCUCAACACAAGGUCUACUUUAAAUAUUGCUUUGUUUUUAUUUUAUAAUGACUACUACAGCCAACUUAGAUAGUAAAACUUAAGCCAAAUCGUCUUCGGCUAGAAUCUCGAACAAAUUAAUCUAAUAAUAGUUAUUACAAAAAAGUAUAUUAUACAUCAAACGCAGUUACUAUUUUAACGAAAUAUAUCCGUAAUGUGUUAGAAUUUAAAUAUUUUGUAUGAUAUAAAUAAUGAUUUUUAUGUGAGUUUAUUUAGCAAUUUUUAUCAUGGGUGUGUUCUGGUUUGAGAUAUUAAAGUAUAUUCUUUUUACAUCUAUCCGACUUAGUUCACAAUUUUUACGUAAUUACAUAUUAAUUUGGUAUUUUUGUUUUAUAUGCGUAUAUAUAUAAAUUAAUUAGUUCACCUUUUGUUGUACAAUGAAACUGAAACAAACAAUGAAAUUAUAUAUUAUGAUCGAUUAUAUUUUAUAUUCGAACAAAGAGCUUUAAGCGUAGCGUACACAUUGUCGAUUUGAUUCCGUAUUGGUAAAAAAAAAAUAGUUUUAAGAGUGGUUACAUAUUGUUGUAUAUAUUUUUAUAUAUUACAAAAAUGUGCAACUAUAUAAAGCUUAUAAUAUGUAUACCGUAAGUCAAUGAAAGCCAUCAAUUACUAAUUAAGAAACAUGCUUCCUGAUAGAUCUGACAAUAUGAUAUUGUGUUAUGCCUUAAAUGAUAUUUGUAGUGUAAGUUGCAUGCUAGUGACUAUAAUAGGUACAUAUUACAUAAUAAAUGAUUUAUAAAUGGCUCUGUCUCAUAAAAUCACAGUCCAAUGAGACGUACAUACGCACAAUAUAUUAUACCCAUAGAUUAUAUUACGAUAGACAUGUCAAAUAUUUAAGUAAUUAUUUUUUUUAAUUCAACGAAUACUUAAGUUUCCAAGUUUCUUCCACUAAGUUUGUUAUUUACCCUGACCAUGUCGGUUAUAUUAUGUCAAAAAUAUUUUUUUAUGUACAUAUUUCAAAUAAGUAAUAACCAAUUUUUUCAAAUGUACAAAAUGAUUAUCUGUUGUUUUUAUGACCAGAGCCAGGUGACUGGCUGGAACCAGUGUAGAUUUUGUAUCAUAUCAUUAUCAUAUCAUAAGAUAAAAACAAUUUAGUUAAUUUGUUUACAUUAUAAAAUUUGCUUAAGCUUAUAUUGAAGCAUUAGUGUUGGAUAAUUUCUUUAUAUAAUUAUACAUUUUGUUGGUAUUAUUUCAUUAUAAUUUGUAUAAUUUAUUCGGAAGCAAUAAUGUUUCAGCCGAUGUUACGUAAUUAGAGAGGGUGGUAGCAUUAUGAUAGCCUUAUUAGGAUAAGAUGUAACAAGAUAACGGUUGUACGGUAAGGGUGUUUACAUUUUAAAAUAGAUGAUACCACGGCUAGCGUUAUUACAGCAUACAUUAUAUUAUAUUUGAUUUCUAUUUCAUGUUAAUAAAGUUGUUUUAAGUUCA